UGAAGGGAGGGGUGUGGCCUGGAGUUCCCAGGGACUCCAGCCUGUCCUGGUGGUUUCCUUGGGUGUUCUGAACAGCUGUCCUGAGAGUGUCCCUGGGGCUGGGGACUAUCUGGGGGGUGGCAAUUGCUCCCUGUUGUCUGGGGGCCUGACACAGUUUUGGGGAGAUGUGGGUGGUGACAGGGCCACCACCCUGCACUGGGACCAGACUCUGGGACAGUGUCCCCUGUGUCUUUCUGUCUCUCUCUCCCUAUCUCUCAGUCUCUGUUUCUCUGUCUCUCUCUCUAACUCCCCUCCUCCCCCGGCAUAUCUGCCCUUGGCCUCAUCCACCUUCCUGGGGCUUCCCCAUCAGCCGGAAGUAAGGUCACUCAGUGACUUCUCCCUUUUGAGGCCCUCCCCCUGCCCCCACCUCAAGGCCUUUGACACUCAUACACAGGCAGUUGGUGAGAGUCGUCUCCUGCCCCACACACUGAGCUACUGAGCUGCACUGGGCAGGUCCUCACCCAGGACCUGGCUCCCUGUGAAGGUCCCUAGCCCUUUGCCCCUUCUCCAGCAAGUCCCUCAACUCAACAGACAUGUGCCAGCGGCUCCUCCUGUCACUCGCUCUCUGGGCUAGCUGCUCCCCUGGCAAUACAGGGACAGCCCUAGCUGCUCUGAGCCAGCCCAGGGUACGAUGCCGUGCCUCUCGGUACCCUGUGGCCGUGGACUGCUCCUGGACGCCAUUGCGGGCUCCCAACUCCACCAGAGCCAUGUCCUUCAUCGCCACUUACAGGCUCGGUAUGGACGCCCAGCAGCAGAGCCUGCCCUGCCUACUGCCGACCCCGCAGGCCACACAGUGCACCGUCCCGGACGUACACCUGUUCUCCACAGUGCCCUACGUGUUAAACGUCACUGCGGUGCAUCCCGGCGGCGCCAGCAGCAGCCUCCUGGCCUUUGUGGCUGAGCGGAUCAUCAAGCCCGACCCCCCGGAAAGCGUGCGCCUGCGAGCAGCCGGGCAGCAGCUGCAGGUGCUCUGGCAUCCCCCUGCCUCCUGGCCCUUCCCGGACAUCUUCUCUCUCAAGUACCGCGUCCGCUACCGGCGCCAUGGAGCCUCUCACUUCCGCCAGGUGGGACCCAUUGAAGCCACGACCUUCACCCUCAGAACCACGAAGCCCCACGCCAAGUACUGCAUCCAGGUGUCAGCCCAGGACCUCACCGACUAUGGGAAACCAAGUGACUGGAGCCUCCCUGGGCAAGCAGAGAGGACGCCCCAGAAGCCCUGAAGAGGGACUAGGUCCUUGAUAGCAGACCUUCGUGUGCAGCCUUAGAUAAUUGACUUCACCUCUCUGGACAAUUUCCAAACCUGUGGGGAUAGUAUUUCUCCUUCCAUAGGUGCCGGGCUUUGUGAACUGUAAAUAUGAUUCGAUUAGAAAUUUUUAACAAAUAAGAAUUCUUAGUCCGACAGUGGUGGAGCACGCCUUUAAUCUCAGCACUUGGGAGGCAAAGGCAGGAGGAUCUCUGUGAGUUCGAGGCCAGUCUGGUCUACAAGAGCGAGUGCCAGGGCUACACAGAGAAACCCUGUCUCGAAAACCCAAAACCAAACAAAACAAAAUUAUCAUCAUUAUGGGAGGGGGGGCAUUCGAGACAGGACUUCUUUGUUUAGCCUGGCUGUGCUACACCAGGUUGGUCUCAAACUCACAGACAUCCUCCUGUCUCAGCCUCCCGAGGGCUGGGACUAAAGACAUAUGCCACCACCGCCCGACAAUAAUUAAAAGUGUCUAUUUUUAAACUUUAAA